UACCCGCCCGCCACGCCCGUGUUGCUGCUGCGCGGUGCGCGUCCGGACCGGAGAGCGUGUCGUCCGUGCGAGCGUGGGGCACGACCCUCGGGAGGUCGCGAGGCGUGCGCGCGCGUGCAGUCUGCUGAGGCGCUGCUUUUUGCUUCGGUUUGCAGAAGACGGCGGACGAGGAGGAGCUGUGAGCUCACCCGCACAGGAGCAGAACUCCGGGAGCAGUUCAGUUCCAGGAGGAAGUGCUUCGUGUGAGGCUGUGAAAGCAGGUGGCUCAGCAGCCCUGACGAGUCCUGGGAAUCUACCCCAGCACCACAUUCUCCACGUCUUCAUAACAGAGGACACCACAAUGGCAUCCCCAACACAGCCACAGGAGGCGCUGUCUGACACAGGGCUGCUGUCGCGGUCAGAGUCCUGGUCCAAGGUCACCUGUCCCUGCUGUGUUUCGGGCCAGGUGGAGCCACUGGUUCUGAUCCAGCUGGCUGAGAAUGUUCAGCCCGGUACCAAGCAGUGGAUUAUGGCCAUGAUCUCCGCGGCCCACAGCUCAGGAGGGGCGCAGUUGCUGACGCACCCCGGCGAGGACUCCAGCUGGGGCCGCAUCGUGGUGGCCGCGCCGCGUUGCACGCUGCUGCGUGCCACCGAAGACCUGGGGCUCUGCAGAGCAGAUAAAGACGACAGCAUGGUCACCUUCUCCUUCAGCGACCGCCACAACUUCAGCAAUAUCGAUGACAUGCAGAAGUUCCUGACCCUCGCUGAGAGGCAGUACAUCGUCAAGCAUGAGCUAGAGUCUAUGCGGGCUCUAAAAGCACAGCGCAUCCCCGGAAUACCAGGAGACAAGGGCAUCCUCCGGGCCAGACAGAACAUCUUUCAGAAGCUGCAGAAAGCAGGAGUAAUUCAGGAUGUUUUUCCCCUGUGUGAUGAGAAGAAGCUGAAAGCUCUCGGGCAAGAGUGGUAUUCCCAGAAACGCCUGUGGGGACAGCCUUUGGACUCCAUACACGCUUACUUCGGCGGCUCUGUUGCGUUCUACUUCAGUUUUUUAGACUUCUACACCUGGUUUCUGGUCCCCCCAGCACUUCUGGGAGUCUUCAUCACCUUCGUCCUUCCUGGGCCACCCCUGCCUGAUGGAGCUCCAGCAGAUCCCUCAGGCCUGGCUUCUGCUUCAGGCUCCUCCCCCUCCCCUGGCUCCGCCCCAGAGGACGAAGACCAGCUUUCAGUCAGUGGUCACAUGGUGCAGGCUGUCUUCAGCAUGAUCUGGUCCACUUUGUUCAUGGAAUUGUGGAAAAGGCGCAGCGCUGCCCUUUCCUACCGGUGGGGGACACUCACGCUGACGGAGCGCUUCCAGGAGCCCCGCCCAGGUUUCCACGGCGAGCUGGGCACCAAUCCGGUCACAGGAAGAGUGGAGCCACUGUUCCCCGAUUGGAAGAGACAGUUGCGCAUGGGUCUGGUGUCGGUGCCUGUGGUUGGUCUGUUCCUCUGCCUGGUUGUCUUGGGGAUGUUGGGCUUCUACUACUCCGAGGGGCUGAUGGCGGACUUCCACAAGGCGUCGGGCUCGAUCGUCACAGCGGCGCUGACCUACCUGCCCUCCGUUAUGCACAUUGUGUACACCAACAUGCUGGGAAACGCAUACCGCACUGUGGCCCUGCAGUUAACUGAGUGGGAGAACCACAGAGAGGAAUCGUCCUUCGGGAAACAUCACACUACUAAAGUUCUGGUGUUCACCUUCUUUAACAAUUUUGCUGUGCUGUUCCACAUUGCUUUCUUCAAGCAGGAUCUGCUCCUCCUCCGCAAGCGGCUAUCCUCGCUGCUGAUUCUGUCCCAGAUGGUGAACCAGUUCACCGAAGUGGUGGUGCCCUACAUCGUAGAACGCGUCUACAACUCCUCAAAGAAGGAGCUGAAGGACGACGACCCAGCAGCGGACCACAUGCAGGCGGAGGGCAGUCUGCCUCCGUUCCCCGGUCUGUUUGCAGAGUACAUCGAGCUGCUUGUACAGUUUGGAUAUCUGAGUCUGUUCUCGUGUGUGUACCCCCUCACGGCACUCCUGUUGUUGCUCAACAACAUCACAGAGAUCCGUGGCGACGCCUACAAGAUUUGCCACCUGUUCCGCAAACCAUUUGCUCCGCCCGAGGCCAGCAUAGGGGUGUGGCAGACAGCGUUUGAGCUCCUCGGCUUUUUCUCUGUGCUGUCCAACUGCUGGCUGUUCCUGAUGGCUCCACGUGUCAGAGCCUUCUUACAGAACGCCGCCUUCAGUCCUGCCGGUGUCCUCCUUUUGGCCGUCUUCAUCGAGCAUGUUCUCAUCGUGGUGAAGCUCAUUCUGGCCUUCAUGAUUCCGGAUGAACCGGACUGGGUCCGCAUCAAAAGGGAGCAGAUUGAAUAUCGCUCCAUGAAAGCCUUGAACCUCCAGAAAGUGAAACGGUCCCAUGUCCCUGCCGAGCUGAGACCCUGAGUCCCGCUGCUGGUCGCCUUUACAUUCAUGCAUUGUGUGCUUAGCUAGUUGCCGUAUGCUAAAGGGCGGAGGCCAUAUCCCCAGGGAAAAUUUGAACCAGACUUAAGUUGGACUCGGUGUCUCCCCCUAGAGGGCUACUGUGGUAUGACAAAACGUCUUGUCAAUGUCAGGUUUUUUUUGUUUUUUUUUUUGCUUAAACUGAACUGAUGAAGCGUAGACAUGUACUACAUUGGAGGAUAUAUAUGUCAGGAUAUAUAUAUAUAUAUAUAUAUAUAUAUAUAUAUAUAUAUAUAUAUAAAUGUUAUUUUGUUGAACCCAACUAAUUGCACUUAAUUGAUUAGCUUUAACUGACGUUAACUGAUUAACUCCUACGUUCUCCUUUAAAGCGUAAUUGUGUUGAGGUUUGACAUUUAAAAAUUGUUUUUUUAUGUGAGAAAAUGGUACAUAGGUCAGUACACUGGGUAGUUUAAAAAACCAGUUGGGAGACAAAUCACAUUAUGUACGGGCUGUAAACCGUCAGGCAUGAGUUACUUUUAUCUUGCAAAUUUCAGUUUUAUUGUACGUGUCUUCUACCAACCAAAGAAUUUUAUCUGCAGUGAUAUGAGCCUUAAGAAGCCGCCUGUGAUGUUACGCAGUGGUCUGGUGGACGUUUGUAAGCUCCACUAAAUUAUACACUCACUGCUUUACACCGCAGCCGUUACGAGAACACAAGCAGGCGAAUGAAUUAAUAAAAACGCUUCAGCGCUGCGCUGAGCAUCAUGUAGUCAGUGAUUCACAGAGCGUCUUCCUCACAAUAAAAACGAUCAUCACUUUCACAGACUUUCUCUGUGUACAUUUUAAAGAACAGUACCACACAAAACUUUGGUUUAAUCAGUUUUAAUAAAUAAAUAUAAAAAUAAAUUAA